AGCAGAGGCGCAUCCCUGAGGUGAGGAGGCAGCACUGUGAUGUAGUUCUCUCUUGGGCGGCUUGCUGACAGCACGCUGUGUGUCCUGGAGUAUCAGGAGCGGCGCUGGCAAAGGCAGAGGCCACCCCUUGCCUUUGCAGUGACCCUCUGUCGGUGUGAAUGAGGCCAGGCAAGAUGCUGGCACUGCUGAGGAAACAGCUGAUUUCCAUGUUAUUUGCAUGAACCCUGCUGUGAAAUGAGCCAAGCAAGGACUUGUCAGCUACUUCCUCCCUUCCCGAGCUGAGCACUCCAGAGCCAUUGUUGCAGUGGUGUUUAAUUGUGUCCUGUCCUCCUCCUGCCAAGGCAAACAUCCCAGUCUCAAGAGGAGGCCUCUCCAAGCUCAUCUCCUGGCCUGAACAUGAACGUGGACAAAGCUGAUGAUUGGGAACGUUCCCAAGGGACAUGGGUCCCCACGGGGUCCAGUCUCCGGAAGCAGGACUUCCCAUGAUGCUGGUGUCUGGGAGUGAGCAUCAUGCCCAUCACCCAGGACAAUGCCUUGCUGCACCUGCCCCUCCUGUACGAGUGGCUGCAGAACAGCCUGCGGGAGGGUGGGGACAGUCCCGAGCAGCGGCUCUGCCAGGCAGCCAUCCAGAAGCUGCAGGAGUACAUCCAGCUGAACUUGGCUGUGGAUGAGAGUGCAGUCCCACCUGAUCUCAGCCCCCCAGAGAUGGAGAUCUGUACGGUGUACCUCACCAAGCAGCUGGGGGACACGGAAACUGUGGGGCUCAGUUUUGGGAACAUCCCUGUUUUUGGGGACUAUGGAGAAAAGCGUCGAGGGGGCAAGAAGAGGAAAACCCACCAGGGACCAGUGCUGGACGUGGGCUGCAUCUGGGUGACGGAGCUUAGGAAGAACAGCCCUGCAGGGAAGAGCGGCAAAGUCCGUCUCCGGGAUGAGAUCCUUUCCCUGAAUGGACAGCUGAUGGUCGGAGUCGACGUCAGUGGGGCCAGUUACCUGGCUGAGCAGUGCUGGAAUGGCGGCUUCAUCUACCUGAUCAUGCUGCGGCGCUUCAAGCACAAAGCCCACUUGACUUACAAUGGCGACAGCGGCAACAGCUCGGAACCCGCAGAGACACCUACCUUGGAGCUGGGUGACCAAACUUCCAAAAAAGGCAAAAGAACAAGAAAGUUUGGGGUCAUUUCCAGACCCCCUAUCAACAAGACCCCUGAAGAAGCCAAGAGCAGCCGUGGCUGUGAUGUGACGGAUGACCCCAACCCUGAGUUGGAGAAUGGCACAGACCCUGACCUUGGAAAUGGCCAUGCCUUUGAGCUAGAAAAUGACCCACAUUCCCUCAAGGAUGUGGCUGGCCCCCACCUGGAGAAGUCAGAAGUGGACACAGGGGCAGAACUCAAAGUUCCAAAGACAGAAACUCCUCUGGGCAACUGCAAUGAUAAACGUCACUUCUCAAAAACUGGGAAAACAGACUUCCAGUCAAGCGACUGCCUAGCACAGGAGGAAGUUGGCCGGAUAUGGAAGAUGGAGCUGCUCAAAGAAUCAGAUGGGCUGGGAAUUCAGGUUAGUGGAGGCCGAGGAUCAAAGCGCUCACCUCACGCUAUCGUUGUCACCCAAGUGAAGGAAGGAGGUGCCGCUCACAGGGACGGCAGGCUGUCCUUAGGAGACGAACUGCUGGUGAUCAAUGGUCACUUACUGGUCGGGCUCUCCCACGAGGAAGCUGUGGCCAUUCUGCGCUCAGCCACUGGGAUGGUACAGCUGGUGGUGGCCAGCAAGGAGAGCUCAGCGGAGGACCUCCUGAGGUCAACAUCGAAGAGUUUACCUGACCUGACUAGCUCCGUGGAGGAUGUGUCCUCCUGGACUGACAAUGAAGACCAGGAAGCAGACGGGGAAGGCGAAGAGGGGACGGGCUCAGCCGCUGUCCGGGGCAUGAUGCCUGGUUCAGAAGAAUCCCAGGACGUAGGCAGCUCUGAGGAAUCCAAGGGGAGCUUGGAAAGUCCCAAACAAGGCAACAAUAAGAUGAAGCUCAAGAGCCGCCUCUCAGGAGGUGUCCACCGUCUAGAAUCUGUUGAAGAAUACAAUGAACUGAUGGUACGCAACGGGGACCCCCGGAUCAGGAUGCUGGAGGUCUCCCGGGAUGGCCGGAAGCACUCUCUCCCCCAGCUGCUGGACUCCACUGGGACAUCACAGGAAUACCACAUUGUGAAGAAGUCUACCCGUUCCCUGAGUACCACCCACGUGGAGUCUCCGUGGAGGCUCAUUCGGCCGUCCGUUAUCUCCAUCAUUGGGCUGUACAAGGAGAAAGGCAAGGGCCUUGGCUUUAGCAUCGCUGGAGGCCGAGACUGCGUUCGAGGCCAGAUGGGGAUUUUUGUCAAGACCAUUUUCCCAAAUGGAUCAGCCGCUGAGGACGGCAGACUCAAAGAAGGAGAUGAAAUCCUCGAUGUAAACGGCAUACCAAUAAAGGGCUUGACGUUUCAAGAGGCCAUUCACACCUUCAAGCAAAUCCGAAGUGGGUUGUUUGUCCUCACGGUGCGCACUAAGUUACUCAGCCCCAGCCUUACACCAUGCUCCACUCCCACACACAUGAGCAGAUCGAGCUCCCCAAACUUCAACACCAGUGGGGGAACCCCAGCAGGAGGAGGCCAAGAUGAAGGUGGCUCUUCUUCCCUGGGUCGGAAGGCUCCUGGCCCUAAAGACAGAAUUGUCAUGGAAGUCACACUCAACAAAGAGCCAAGAGUUGGAUUAGGCAUUGGUGCCUGCUGCUUGGCCUUGGAAAACAGUCCUCCGGGUAUUUACAUUCACAGCCUUGCCCCUGGAUCAGUGGCCAAGAUGGAGAGCAAACUGAGCCGGGGAGACCAAAUCCUGGAAGUGAACUCUGUGAACGUGCGCCAUGCAGCUUUAAGCAAAGUGCACGCCAUCUUAAGUAAAUGCCCUCCAGGACCCGUUCGCCUGGUCAUCGGCCGACACCCUAAUCCAAAGGUUUCUGAGCAGGAAAUGGAUGAAGUGAUAGCACGCAGCACUUACCAGGAGAGCAAAGAAACCAACUCCUCGCCUGGCUUAGGUACCCCCUUGAAGAGUCCGUCUCUUGCCAAAAAGGACUCACUCCUCUCGGAAUCUGAGCUCUCCCAGUACUUUGCCCAUGACGGACAGGGCUCCCUGUCGGACUUCGUGGUAGCUGGCUCUGAGGAUGAGGACCACCCUGGAAGUGGCUGUGACACCUCGGAGGAUGGCAGCCUGCUUCCCGGCCCCUCUGCUCACAAGGAGUCGGGAAAAGCCAGGGCCAACAGCCUUGUGACAUUUGGAAGCCAGAGGACCUCUGGGCUCUUACACAAGCAGGUGACAGUCACCAGGCAAGCCAGUCUCCCCGGAAGCCCACAGGUCCUCAGGAACCCCCUUCUCCGCCAGAGGAGGGUGCGCUGCUAUGACAGCAACGAUGCCAGCGAUGAAGAAGACUUUGAUGGAGAGGGCGACUGUGUCUCACUGCCGGAAGUUCUCCCAGGUCCCAGCAGGCCUCUGGUAGAGGAUGACACUAGGCCUGCCUUGACAACCUCUUCCAAAAGUAUUGAUGUGAGCAAGCAGGAGGAGCGGCCCCCCAAACCUCUGGUCAGCAAGGCCUGCUCCGUGCCUCUCCUUGGCAGCUCACUGGACUUAGAGCACAGUAGCCGAAAUGGAAUGGUGGGGACCCCUCCCAAGGCAGCCAGCCUGCCAGGCUCUGUGGAAACCUCCAAGAGUGGGCCUGGAGGCUCUGGCAGAAAGGAGAUGUCAGGGUCAAAAAGUUCACCAAAGCUGGAAUACAGAGUCCCUACAGAGAGCCAGAGGCCAAGGAGCCCGGAAAACCCCACCUCCCAGCCACAGAAGAAUGAAACUCUGGUGUCCAGGCACAGGCCUGUGGCCAGGAUCAGCCCACACUACAAGAGGUCUGAUGUUGAGGCCCCAAGUGGAACAGCCAGUGGACCCUGUGGUCAGGACUUGACCAUCCAAGCCCAUUCCACGAAAGAGGCUGUCACUGGCCAUCAGCCAACUGGAACUGCAGAGAAGGAACCUUGGGAAAAUCCCACCCCAGGGGACAGCUCUGUCCCCACCAACUGUGGACCAGCCAGUACCCCAUGCCACCCAAACCCUGGACCCCCCACCGAGAACCUGCAGGGAGCCGCAGCAGACUGUGGGCCACACCCUGAAACUGGAUGGGAUGGCUCCUCAGAGCAUCUCCCUCCCCCACGGAAGAACAAGCAACCUCAUCCUGAGUCCAGCGAGACUUCCACAGGCACAGAGGAACUCGGCCAGCCUGUGUCUCCCCGAACCGCGGACCCUGAGUCCCAGAGCAUACCUAAAAUGAAACCAGCCAGCCAGCAAAGUGUGUCUCCCAGGGAGAAGGCCUCAACUCCUCCUGACUUUAGCAGGACUCGGCCUCCACCUGGGGCCUGCUCUCCCAGCACCAGGAAAGCAGCUGUCCCCGUGAGCAUAGGAACAACGCCUGCUACCCCCAUCCUUCAUGUCUCCCUUGUGUCCCAGGAAAGGAGUCGAGGCCCCUCAGGUCCCAGCAAGGCCCUGGAAACAACAGAAUUCUGUAUACCUAAAAGCUUGAAGGACAAUGUUCCACUUGAAGAUCUCGCUUCUCUGUCUGGAAAGACGUCAUGUGCCAGCCCCUCACUGCCAGUGGCUACUGACAAGACCCUGUCAGGGAGCAAAGAGAGCCCUGUGACAGACAUCGACACCUUCAUCAGGGAGGCCUCUGAGGCAAGGUCUCAGUCUCCUCAGAAAACAGACUGCAGGGCUCACCAGGGCAUUUUUGAGGGCCACCCACCACGUGGAGCUGGGGGUGGCAGUUCCAAUCACUCACAGUCAGUCAGGAGUGACCAGAUACCCUCCCCAGGGAAGACUGGGAGCACAGGCCUACCCUUCCCCGCUCAGUGGGCCUCCCAGCCUUCUGUUUUGGAUUCCAUCCAUCCUGAUAAACAUUUUGCUGUGAACAAAAACUUUCUGAACAACUACUCUAGAAAUUUUAGCAACCUCCAUGAAGACCACCUCUCCCGAUCGGGCCCAGGUGACAGUACAGAGCCGUCACUGUCAUCCAUGUACGGCGAUGCUGACGAUUCACCCUCAGACCCCGAGUCUCUUACUGAAGCCCAGCAGGCAGUGUCCAGGAACAGCUGGUCACCUCCUCAUUCUCACGAGUCCUCCCAUAAGGAGGGCACUAGUGAGUCUGAGGAGGAGCAAGUAGAAAUCUGUGCCACAGGUGCUUUCCCUGAGACCCCGGCGACUGACCCGCUGCCUGCUCAGGUUGCAGUCUGCCCAGUUUUCCCAGUACAGCCCAGUGCUCUGGGUGAGCCAGUGGGGGACUCCUGUGGAGGAGCCUGCCUCUUGCCAGGAGCCUCACACACUUCCACCCCGGGCUCCCCCCAGCCACUUUCCUUCCUGAAUAAAAACUCUCAGGAGCAUGAGACGGGCAUAAAUGCUUUACAGAACCGCAGGCCCUCGUGCACAGAAGAAAUCACGGCCGUCACCAACAUGAGCUCAGUCGUGGGAGAUAGGCGGCCUUCUGAAGUGACCAGGCAUCGUCACAGCCCGCCAUUCACGCUUAGGAACCCGAGUAUGGUAAAUGGCUCGGGACGUAACCUGCUGGACGAGGGAACCCUAAACGAAGAAGCCGCUGCCGCUAGUGUCAUGCACAGUGUGUAUGCCCUAGGUGCCAAAGGCCCUAAGAAUGGAGAGACUGUUUUGGCAAACCUACAUAUUGCCAAGGGUCACAACCUGGAUGACCUGCUACAGAAACCAAAAACGGUCUCCAGGAGGCCCAUCCUGUCCUGGUUUAAAGAAAUAAAUAAAAACAGCCAAGGCACAUAUUCUCAGAGCAAAUCUGAGAAGGAACAGUCCUCGAUGCUAGCCACAAUUCCCAGCUCCAAAGGCCACACGGUAAGCAGCAGCCACAGAAAGGGAGUGGCUGUGCCUAAAAGUCCUUCUCCACUGCAGAAGAGUCAAGAAAAUAAAGACCUGCCCCCCCAAAGUCCAGUGGAGACACUAAGUAACGGUCAGAAAACCAAGUGUGGCCCUAAGCUGAGGAGACUAGGCAGCAGAAGCAAAGCUAGUCCUGAGGCCCCUGUGGCCAGUUCUGUUAAGGCCAGUGGGACUGACCACAGGAAGACCUUGACUUCACCCCAGGCCUCUCAUAAAAUGCUUGCUAAGGCAGCAUCACACCAGGUCCACAUAGCUGACCAACAAGAGCCUAACAACACUCCUGAAUGCAUGCCCGAAAGCAAGCCACCCCUGGCUACCUCUGGGUCGCUGAGGACCUCAGCAUCAGAUACAAGCAUCAGAACGUUCACGUCACCCCUGACCUCCCCCGAGCCUCUCCCCGAGCAAGGUGCAAACAGAAGGUUCCACAUGGCUGUCUACUCGGAAUCUCACACAAGUUGUCCAACCACCUCCAGGUCCCCAAGGUGUGGACCAGAGGGCAAGGUGCCCCAUGCUGACUCGGGGUCAGUGAGUCCUUCUGCAUCAAGGAGCAGUAUGGCCUUGGCGGGGGUCAGACAGAGCAAGCAGUUCAUACCCAGCCCAGUGGACUUGGUGGUGUCAGAAGCAACCCAGCCCAGGGGGACCAGUGAGAAAGGAAGCGAUAAAACCGCUAGCAGUCCCCUAGGAAGGAUAAACCAGCUGAAAAUAGUUGAGAUUUCUUCUGAAAGAAUGCCAAAGAAUGUAUGUGGUGACAAGCCACCUGACAGUGACAGACAGGGAGGGUUCUCGACCCAGAGCAACUGUCAGGAGGAGAGUGGCCUCAGACUCUGGCAGUCAGUGGACUUGUCCCCAAAGCAUCCAUCCUCUCCUUACUCUCACGCCUCCCAGGUGGAGCCAGAAAUGCGCUGGUCCUUCAGUGCGGCCAGACUGGCUGCCACCUCCCCGCAGCUGCCUGCCAAAACACCAGAUUCCUCCCAGGGUGUAUCAGGCCAGAUGCCAGCCUCCUCAAGGGUGCCUAAGAAUGGCAUACCCAUAGGCCCAGGAGGAGAGGAGAACCCUUACUUCACACCAAGGCCAGCCACCAGAACUUACUCCAUGCCAGCCCAGUUCUCAAGCCACUUCGGACGAGAAGGUCCUGCCCCGCACAGCCCAAGUCGCUCCCCUCAGGUCCCUGUAAUGAGUGGCAGUCUCUCUGAGGCAAAGGCAGCCAAAGGCGUGACUAAUGAACAGAGUGUGUAUAGUGUGAGGCCUCUGUUGGAAACGUCAAAGAACCAGCCGCCAGUGGACGGAGGGGAUGCCGGUGCAAGCCCCGAGACUAGCUGCCUCAUCCCGGACAAAGUCAAAGUCACCAGGAAACAGUACCACUAUGAGCAGAAUUGGCCCCAUGAAUCUACCUCCUUUUUCUCUGUGAAACAGAGGAUUAAGUCUUUUGAGAACCUGGCCAAUUCUGACCGGCCAGCAGCCAAGUCUACCACAUCCCAGUUCUUAUCCGUGAGCUCCAAGCCUCCCGUUAGCAGACGGUCAUCCGGCGGCAUCACUUCAGGGAGCCCCGGUGACGUGACAGCGCGGUCACUGCGACGCAGCUUGAGUUCCUGCAGUGAAAGCCAGAGUGAGGCCAGCAGCCUUCUCCCGCAGAUGACCAAGUCCCCAUCCAGCAUGACGCUGGCUGUCUCCAGGCAGAGCCCACCAGAGACUGGUGACAAGGGCCCCAGUUCAGACCCAAAGACAUCACUUGUCCCUGUGGGAAUGCCCACCUCAUCAGUGACCCCGGCCUCACCCAUCAAGAGGAAUAAGUCCUCGGUGCGCCACACCCAGCUGUCCCCCGUGUCCCGAUCCAAGCUCCAGGAGCUGAGAGCCUUGAGCAUGCCAGACCUGGACAAACUGUGUGGCGGGGAAGAUGACUCUGCCAGCCCAGGCACUGCCCUCUUCAGAACCCAGUUGGAGAUCGUCCCCAAAAGAUCCAAAGGCGGCUCCCCGGCUACCUCUCCAGCUGGCUCCCCAGCUAGAGGCCACGGAGGAGGCAUCGUCAAGGGAGCAGCCUCCCAGACAGGUCCUAUGAAUGGUGGGACCAGAGUCUACCUGAGAGGAAACAGCCCUCCAGCCAGUGGUGAGCCUGCAGUGCCCACGGGAGCCAGGGAACGGGGUGAACUUGUGCAGGCCUUGCCUUCUGGAAAGAGCUGGUCAGUGAAUUUGGAUCAGCUCCUUGCCUCAUUGGGAGAGCAGCAGAGAUUACAGGCCGUUUUAUCAUCCGUGGGGUCCGAAUCCAGCAUUCUCACUCUCAUUCAGGAAGCGAAGGCACAGUCUGAGAAUAAAGAAGAUACUUGCUUCAUAGUCUUGAAUAAAAAAGAAGGCUCGGGUCUGGGAUUCAGUGUGGCAGGAGGGGCAGAUGUGGAGCCAGAAUCAGUCACGGUCCACAGAGUGUUUUCUCAGGGUGCGGCUUCUCAGGAAGGGACUGUGAGGCGAGGGGAUUUCCUUCUCUCCAUCAAUGGCUCCUCCUUAGCCGGCUUACCCCACACUGAGGUCCUGAAGGCUCUGCACCAGGCUCAGCUACACAAACAGGCUCUCGUGAUUAUCAAGAAAGGGAGGGACCAACCCAGGCCCUCCCUCAGGCAGGAGCCUCCCUUAGCCAACGGGAAGGGUCCAUCUCCCAGAAAGACCUCACCGCUGGAGCCUGGAGCUGACAUCCUUGCCACAGGGAGAAACGGGGCUGCUCACGACACUCUGUGCGUUGAAGUGCUAAAAACCUCGGCUGGGCUGGGACUGAGUCUGGAUGGAGAGAAAGCCUCCGUGUCUGGAGAUGGGCCGCUGGUAAUUAAAAGGGUGUACAAAGGUGGUGCCGCAGAACAAGCCGGGACAGUAGAAGCUGGGGACGAGAUCCUUGCCAUUAAUGGGAAGCCCUUGGUUGGGCUGGCACACUUCGACGCCUGGAAUAUUAUGAAGUCUGUUCCAGAAGGGCCUGUGCAGCUCGUGAUUAGAAAGCACAGGAAUCCGUGAACUGUAACAAGAGCGCCCCCCUCCCCUAGAGUCACUUCUUUUAGCAAAUCAGAAUGACUUCCUGAAAUGUGUUCUUGAAGCAACAGACAGCUUACACAGAUCUCCACAAUUUUGUACUUUUAAUAUGAAGCCCAGACUGCCUGGCCCAUCGAGGCUGGGAGGGUGUCAUUUGCUCAGUGCCUGGGAUCAAGAGCUGACGUGCUCUUCAUCGCAACACCUAGCUACACCUUUACAUCCCUCACGCCACCUCUCCCAGCAUCAGUCCUGGUGAGUAGGGACCAGAAGGGUAAUACAGAUGCCCCAGAUAAAAUGGUGUAUGUAUGUAAGUAAGUUGAUAUAAUUUUGUAAGUAAAUGACAUAGUGCUUUUAGGUACAUGCAGUGGAAGGCAGAGCUAUGGGUCUACGUAUGUUUACCUUGAAAAGUAAAAUGAGACUUAAAGAAAAUGAAUUUAUGACCUAAUUGUUAGGCAGAGCUCAGGAAUUACCCAACAGUGAAAAAGAUGAAAAAUUUUUAAAGUGCUAUUUUUUAAUGAACGUGAUGUACGAUGUGGACUAGGAGGUUUUGGUUGUUUUCUGUCUCAGAGAGUGUAAGUCGUAAGGCUGUUAAGAGUGACAGCUCUGACGGAUUGCAAUAAGUAGCUAUGAGCUUCCCUGCUUGGGAGGGGGAAGUUCUAGCCUGAAAGCACCUUGCAUCUAGUUUGCAAACUUGAAUAUGUUUGAAUUCAAGACUGGGCAACCCAAGAGCAGGCCCAGUUGUCAGUGUGCUUCCGUUGCCACGUACAUGCACCACCACCUUAAGAGUUUUUGAGAGUUAAAUUCUUCAACUUGCAAACAUAGGAUUCUGUGGUUCAACUGAAGAGCACCUGAUAGCCUCUCGGGAGGUUUUCUUGGGUUUUCUCCUUUUCCCCCCACUAGCCCUAAAGCCGCAUGGAGUUCUAAUCCGGCUCUCUUCCCUGACAGAACUCUGCAGUGGCCCAAUUUUUUGCUAUUUUGCUUUUUCUUGUUUAGCAAAUUCUUCCUCUUGCCAAAACUGGGGUCCCACAGAGCAUCCUGACUCAAGCUGUUUGUGACACUCCCCCAGAACCUUCCUCCUCACAAAGCUGGCUUUUUUCCCUUUGCA